AAUUUCCUUUCAAAUUAAUAAAUUUUUCAAUAAGUUGUCGUUGAGAGCGCGUAUCGGCUCGUGCACUAUGAGAUUUUAGGCUAGGUUGCAAUUGUAGAGUCUACAAUCACUGGAAGAGAUGGCGGACAAAGCGAUGAUGAAGCAAAUUGCUGAGCAGAAACUCAAGGCGUUCUCAAUAGGCACUAUGGGGAAACGACCUCUGAGUAAAAAAGAGCUCGAAGAACAGCGAAAGAAGGAACAGGAACAAGCAGCAGCUCAAGCUUUCGAAGAGUUCGUUGCAACAUUUCAAGAAACACCAAACAAAACAACAAGCAAAAUUUGGGUCAAAGCUGGUACUUAUGAUGCUGGCAAGAGGCAGGAAGACACAAGGGAAAAAGGGAAACUGUACAAACCUCAGUCAAAAAUUUCUGAACUGGUCGACAAUAGAUCUUCAGCUGAACAAGCACAGGAAUAUGCAAGACUACUUGGCAGUAAUGAGAGAAAAGUAGACAGACUUGGUAAAAAGAAGAAGGAGGGUGAAAAAAAGAAAAGCAACCUCGAGUUAUUCAAAGAAGAGUUAAAAAUGAUACAGGAAGAGCGAGAGGAAAGACAUAAAUACAAAGGAGUUGUUAAAACCGUAAUUUCUGCACAAACUGAAGACCCAAUGCUUGCUGCUCUUAAAUGCGUGGAGGAUGGUUCUUUUGAUAACGGUGAUCCAAAUACAACUAAUUUAUAUCUGGGUAAUUUGAAUCCCAAGAUUACUGAACAACAAUUGAUGGAAAUUUUUGGCAAAUAUGGCCCACUUGCAAGUAUCAAAAUCAUGUGGCCUCGCAGUGACGAGGAAAAAGCAAGGCAAAGAAACUGUGGUUUUGUCGCAUUCAUGAGUCGCAAGGAUGGUGAACGAGCACUAAAAAAUUUGAACGGACGCGAUAUCAUGCAAUAUGAGAUGAAAUUGGGUUGGGGUAAGAGUGUACCGAUUCCGCCGUAUCCAAUUUACAUUCCACCAGCCUUAAUGGAGAUAACACAGCCACCUCCGCCAUCUGGUCUUCCGUUCAAUGCACAGCCACACCGCCGAGAUAGACACAAGGUACAAAUACCACGUAUUCGCAACAUCCAGAGUGCCGAUCCUGAGGAGAAGGAAAACAUUGAAAAGAUUUUGCAGAAUGCGGUUGUCAAAGUGGUUAUCCCGACCGAAAGGAACUUAGUCAUGUUGAUACAUAGAAUGGUCGAAUUUGUCAUAAGGGAAGGGCCAAUGUUUGAAGCAAUGAUAAUGAACAGGGAAUUGAAUAAUCCAAUGUUCAGGUUUUUAUUUGAAAACUACUCUCCAGCACAUACCUAUUACCGAUGGAAACUUUUCUCUAUUCUACAAGGUGAUGCACAAAAAGAAUGGCAUAUAGAUGAUUUCAGGAUGUUUAAAGGUGGCAGUGUCUGGAGACCUCCACCGAUAAACCCGUGGACUCAGGGUAUGCCAGAUGAAUUAAUUGAAAUGGAAGAAAGACAAGAGCCCCGAAGAGGCAGUUUAUCCAACAGUCAAAGAGACAGACUAGAGGAUCUAUUACGUAACAUAUCACCAGAGCGCAUAAAGGUCGCAGAGACAAUGGUAUUUUGCAUUGAGCAUGCAGAAGCGGCGGACGAAAUAUGUGACUGCAUAAUGGAGUCCUUAUCAAUACUUCAGACCCCAGUUAAUAAAAAAAUUGCUAGACUGUAUCUGAUCUCAGACAUCCUUCACAACUGUGGUGUUAAAGUGACAAAUGCUACCAUCUACAGAAAGGCGUUUGAAGCAAGGCUGUUGGACAUCUUUCAUGAGAUCCAUCAGACCUACAAACAGCUCGACAGCAGACUUAAAGCUGAAGGAUUUAAAGUACGCGUUAUGAGAAUGUUUCGAGCUUGGGAGGAAUGGGCGGUGUAUCCUCGUGACUUUCUAGUCAGAUUACAAAAUGCCUUUCUUGGCCUUGUUUUGACUGAUGAACCUGAACAAGAAAACGAUGAGGAUAUUGAUGGAGCACCUUUAUCGGACGUAGACGGGGACGCAGGGGAGGAUUUAGAUGGCGUACCACUCGAUGGUGCUGCCCUUCUAAAGGGUGCCCUGAAGCACGGACUCACCCCUCAACCUGUCACCAAUUAUGACGACAUUGAUGGAGUGCCAAUGGAUGAGGAUCUUGAUGGAAUACCAAUGGAGGAUGAAGAUCCGUUUACAUCACGUAGUAAAGAAGAGGAUAAAAAAGCUUCCAUGCCCGCAGGGUUUGUGCCAUCCAGAUGGGAAACCGUUGAUCCUGAUCAGGUUGAAGCGCAAGCAAUGACGACGAGUAAAUGGGAAGAAUUGGGUCAAAACGAUGACUCUAAUUCCCAAGAUGCUAGCAUGGACUCCAGUGGCAGGGAUUAUAAUGAAGAAAGACGCAACAGACUCAGAGAAAUCGAAGUGAAGACUAUGCAGUACCAAGAUGAAUUGGAAAGCGGUAGAAGGACUUUGAAAGCUGGGAUGACCAUUCAAGCUCAGGUCGAACACUACAGAAAAAAGCUCAUUAGAAAGAGUGAACGAGAAAUUAAAGAAAUGAAGACAGAUGACCGAGACGAAGAUCGAAGGAAAGAAAAGAGGAGAAGUUCAACGCCCGAAUCACCAGGGCAUCAUAGGGACAGGAGGCGAGGGUCUCCUAGUCCCUCCUCAAAAUCUAGCAGUCGGUACAGAUCCAGGAGUAGAUCGCCUCGAGGAAAGCGUAGAUCUCGUUCACCACAUAAAAAAAGAUUACAAUCAGCAGCUCCUGCAACGCCGUCACCACCUCGAAUCCGCCGUACUCCUUCUCCAUCGUUUUCUUCAUCUAGAUUGUCUCGCAGAUCUCCGGGCAGUGACCGAAAAAAACGGGGAAGAUCACCAAGCAUGUCACCACCGCCUCCUCCCAGAACAUCUAAACAUAGAGCCAACAGUCCACCGUCCCCGGUACCGAGGAAACACAGGCAUAAGCACAAGUACUGAUUGGCAAAAUCGAUGAUAAUUUUUUGUAAAUUUGAACCUUUCCAGUUCCAUCUAUCGUCAAAGAGUUCGUCAAUGAAUUCCGAUAUUACAAUAAAUAUAAUUUCGGGAUAUCAAUAACGGCGGUUAAUGUCAAUUUCUAUUAUUGCCUGUUGAAAAACUUCGGUUCUUAAAUAAUGGUCAAAUCCUGGGAUGUCGAAGCUAAGUCUUUUGCAUCAAGAAUCAUAUGAAUUGCUUUAUUCUUGGUGAAGAUGACUUAUUUUUCGUGUGAACCAGGGGUUCACAUAUUGUUCAGAGAUCGAAUCAAAAUUGUAGAAUAUUUGUUUUCAGUUCAUUCUUGCCCUGAAUUAUUCGAGGAUGAAACUUACCAACAGGACUUCUAGUUUACAGAACCAAACGAUAUUUGUGCUUUGUGAGCGCUGUGCAUAAGAUUAUGUUAUGUACGGUCUAGUAAUUGAACAUACAUGAAAAUGAUAUGACAGGAAAUUCUUUAUGCUAUACAUUGUAUAAAAAUACAGAAUAAACGAUAAGCGUUAUGCGGUAUUUGAAUAUAA